AUGACUAAACGACGAGAAGACACUCGGGCCACUUCGUCAGAGCGGUCAGACAAGAAGAUUGCGAAGAUGAUACGGCGCGACCUUCAGAGCUACAGUACACGCCUCAUUGAGGAGGUGGGCUCCGGCCGCUGUAGCUCCCCCGGCACAGGGCCUUUGUCCCCCGCGGAGGGGCCGCGCUGGCCGCACAACCAUCACGCUCACCCCCUCCAUCACGCCUUGCUGUCUUCCAGCGUCAAACGAGGAAAGGACUUAUCCGUGAUAAAAUUAAAUGACCUCACAAUUGCCUUUAUCUGCCGUCUAACGCUAAAAACGCGGGUCCUGAGGUUGCUGCUAGCUGCACCUCAUGCGACGGUGCGGGCGACGCCGCUCGAUCAAACCACUAUUCAGACGGGCGGGCGACGGCGCGUGGGCUGCGGCAGACGGGCGUCUGCGCCGCCGCGGCCGCGACCUCGACGAAGAUGUUCGCUUUUCAGGAGAAUAUCCACCAAACGAGCUUCGCAGGAGAUGCAUCAGAUGGUGUCGGGCGGAAGCGGGGACUGCCCAUCGUCACCUGCCUCCUCAUCCCCCGCAACUGAUAGUCCUUUACACACAACUACGCAUUAUCAGAGGCCAUCUUCUCUUCACGGCCUGAAACAUAAGCUGGUUUCCGGCGCUGAAGUCCGUCGUGCGUCGCUGCAGCACAUGCCGCUGUCGCCGCUGGCGCGCACACCCUCGCCGCAGCCGCAGCCGCAGCCCGCAUCGCCAACCAGCCGGUGCGAGGCUCGGAGCCCGUCGCCCUUGGCUGCGCGGGAGUGCGGCGGGCGGCGCGCGUGGGCCCGGCGGGACCCCGCCUCGCCGCUGCUCAGGAGAGCGUUGUCGCCGGACAGACUACACCCCCGGUCGGCGGAAUCAAAGUGCUCAAUCUCCCCCCUGUGCUGCGGCGGCGUGGGCGUGGCCGUGGCCGUGCCGUCGGCGCGCCGCGGUGUGGUGUGGCGCGCGCCUGCGCCCGCGCCGCCCACGCCGCCGCCUCAGGACAAGCCCGACGAGCCGCCGCUGCCGCGCAUCGCCGAGGAGAAGGAUUCGCCUACGCAUCAUUCCAGGUCACUACCUAACAGAACUCCGGCGAAACAGACGCCCCCCAACAUCUUCACAUCCUCGCCGAAACCGAGCAUGGACAAGACGCAUUUCGAUACAUCGACGUCAUUCGCAUCACUGUCUCUGUCGGAUGAAUCCUUCGUCGCUGACACUAGUGCUGAUGCUUCCAAUUUGGAUACGUCGAGAGAUAUAAUCGAUGACAGCAGAUCUAGCACAGAAACAGCAAGCACGACAGAAGACAAGUCUCAGGCAUCCCAGAAGAAACCUGCAGAGACCGAAGCCGUUCAGAACAAGGCGAUAAAAAGAUCCGACUCCAGUCUUAAAGACGAGGAUAGUAAGAAGGAGAAAAAGAAAGAUAAGCCCGAAUUGAAGAAACAGGAGUCGUUAAAAAAAUUGGAACCGAAGCCACUCGAAGUGAAAGAAGAAAAACCGAUACCAGAAAUUACGAAACAAGAAGAUAAAAAAGAGAAACUAAUUGAGCGAACAGGCUCUGUUAAGAAGAUCGAAACGAAGCAAGAAAAAGCCGAAGCAAAGAAGCAAGAGAAGUUAGACAAGCAGGAAAAAAUGGAAGCGAAGAAGCAGGAGAAAAUCGAAGCGAAGAAGACUGAAGCAGUUAAGAAAAAUGAGAGUUUAAAAAAACAGGAUUCAGUUGAUAAUAUUAAGGCAUCCAUGACCCAUACUAACGCGUAA